AUGGAAAGAAGGGACACACUGUUCGAUACUGCAAAGCUCCGACUCAUUCAGCAAAUCAAUCCUCUGGAACAGGCGUUGGUCAAGCCUGUUAUAAUUGUGGUGAAGCCGGACACUUUAAAAGGAACUGCCCCAAGAAGACUACUGCUAGCAACACAGGAAGGGUCCUUACUAUGGGACGAGAAGAAGCAGUGGCCGAUCCCAAUAUUGUCUCGGAAAAGGGAUCCCGAAGGUCAAUUGGAUAGUGAAGGUUAUGUAGAUUGGCAACAUCUUAGUACAAGACUUAAAGAGCAUGAAGUUGGUUUAGAUCAUCUCACAAAUUUAUAUACUUGGUGUGAAAUGUGUGAAAGAUUGAAAGUUAGUGAAACAAUUGAUAAAGUGGGGUAUGAUCAAUUUAACAAAGAAAGGGAGCAUUGGAAAAAAGUACUAUUGAGGAUUAUUGCACUAAUGAAAUAUCUUGCUGAACAUAAUUUAGCAUUUCGUGGAACAAAUGAAAAAUUAUAUCAAAAAAGUAAUGGAAACUUUCUGGGAGUGAUUGAGAUGUUUGAAGAGUUUAACCUGGUUAGGAAAGAGCAUGUGCAUCGUAUCACAAAUGAUGAGAUCCAUGUACAUUAUCUUGGCCACAAGAUAAAAAAUGAGGGGAUACUUUUACUAGCUGAUGAAAUUAAACAAGAAAUCAUUAAAAAGGUAAAGGAGGAAAAAUAUUACUAUAUCAUACUUGAUUGUGCCGCUUAUACAAGUCACCAAGAACACUUGUAUUUGAUAGUGAGUGUUGAAGAAUAUUUUUUAGGUUUUUUGAAUGUUAAAGGGCUCUUUGAUAUUACAUACAAUGAAUUAAAAUCUCUUGGUCUUGAUAUUGACAAUAUGCGGGGAGAAGAGAAUAUCAAACGUUUGACUCCAAAGUCAUUGUCUGCCACUCAGUGGGAAAGUCGUGUUGAUAGUGUGAAGGCUAUUAGACAACAACUUUCAGAUUUUGGAGAAGCUUUACUUGAAGUUGCGGAAAAAUACAACGAUGCUAAAAUUCAAAGUGAAGCUAAAUCGCCAGCAAAUAAUGAGCUUGGUGGAUUUGACUUUUUGGAGUUUAGAGAAACACGGUUCUCCAAGGCGAUUGAUAUUGCAAAGGAACUUUCCGUUGAAAUGAAUAUUGAUCCGAUAUUCUCUCAAAAGCGGCCGGUUAGUAGAAAAAAACAAUUUGAUGAGAAUUCAAGUGAUCAAGAUGUUGUAUUUUCAGUUGAGGAGAAUUUUAAAGUUAAUUACUUUUUAUAUAUUGUUGAUCAAGCGAGUGCUUCUCUUAAAACAAGAUUUCAACAAUACAAAGAAUAUGAAAAUAUUUUUGAUCUCAAGUCAUGUUGUAGCCGUCUCGAAGCCACACUUAAGUCUGGUGAACAAUCAGAUAUAGAUUCUCAUGAACUUUAUAUGGAGUUAAAGCUGCUUGAUAUGUUCUUACCGAGAGAAAUUAUGAGCCUUAUUGAUGUUUUAAAGUAUAUGAAAAAGGUCGAUUGUUUUCCUAAUGAAAUUAUUGCCUACAUAAUCUUAUUGACUAUUCUCGUAACGUUUGCGUCUGCAAAACGAAGUUUUUCAAACUGA